GGCGCAUGCGCAGUGCCCGGAGUUUCCCGGCCGCCCGGAGUGCAGUGGUGGCGUUGGGUGACAAACAGGUUGUGACUUGAGAGUAGGGGGAGGGGGCUUCCGCUGGGCCGGAACUUCUCACGCCCCCUGAUCCCUUCAGGUGCGGUUUGGUUCGGACGCGCGGUCCCCGCCGCCGGCUGGAGUCUACUCGCGGGUGAGAGGGGAGAGUCGCUUCCGCGGACAGCGGUUAAAGUUGCGGAGAGGAUACGAGACGGGCGAUUCUCCUCUCGGCCGGCCGGAUGGUGCGGCCCUGAGCUGGUCCGGGAGCCCGAGAGAGGCCCCGGAGGGGGCGGGGAGGAGGCAGAAUGCGGGUUCUGUGAAGAGACGUGGGGAAGAUUCGACUCGGAGAAGAGGAAGAGCCGGACUGCGAGGGAGCGAGGCCGCUGAGGGGGAGGGGGCUGCCAAGAUGGCGUCGGCCUCCUCUGGGCCGUCGGCCGCGGGCUUUUCCGCGGUGGAUCCCGCGCUCACUACCUGCACCUCGUCCUCAGGUUUCAACUAUCUGUGCUGUGGGGUCAACCGUAAGAGAGCAUCUGGAGUCAAGAGAUCCAUGGCAUCUGAGGUGCCUUAUGGUUCUACCAUACCUAUCAGGAAAAUAGGCCACCGGAGUGUUGAUUCCACAGGAGAGACAACAUAUAAAAAGACAACUUCAUCAGCCUUGAAAGGUGCCAUCCAGUUGGGCAUUACUCAUACUGUGGGGAGCCUGAGUACCAAACCAGAGCGAGAUGUCCUCAUGCAAGACUUCUAUGUAGUGGAGAGUAUCUUCUUCCCCAGUGAAGGGAGCAACCUGACCCCUGCUCAUCACUACAAUGACUUUCGAUUCAAGACCUAUGCACCUGUUGCCUUCCGCUACUUUCGGGAGUUAUUUGGUAUUCGACCUGAUGAUUAUUUGUACUCCCUCUGUAGUGAGCCACUGAUUGAAUUAUACAACUCCGGGGCUAGUGGCUCCCUUUUCUAUGUGUCCAGUGAUGAUGAAUUCAUCAUCAAAACAGUCCAGUACAAAGAGGCGGAGUUUCUUCAGAAGCUACUUCCAGGAUAUUACAUGAACCUCAACCAGAACCCUCGAACUUUGUUGCCUAAAUUUUAUGGACUGUACUGUGUACAGGCAGGUGGUAAGAAUAUUCGAAUUGUGGUGAUGAAUAAUCUCUUACCUCGGUCUGUCAAGAUGCACAUCAAGUAUGACCUCAAGGGCUCAACAUACAAAAGGCGGGCUUCUCAGAAAGAGCGAGAAAAGCCUCUUCCCACACUUAAAGACCUGGACUUCUUACAAGACAUCCCUGAUGGUCUCUUUUUGGAUGCAGACAUGUACAAUGCUCUGUGUAAGACCUUGCAGCGUGAUUGUUUGGUGUUGCAGAGCUUCAAGAUAAUGGACUAUAGCCUCUUGAUGUCAAUCCAUAACAUUGAUCAUGCACAACGAGAGCCCUUAGGCAGUGAAUCACAAUAUCCAUUUGACACUCGAAGACCUGCCCCACAAAAGCCUCUCUAUUCCACUGCCAUGGAGUCUAUCCAGGGCGAGGCUCGUCGAGGUGGCACCAUGGAGACUGAUGACUAUAUGGGUGGCAUCCCAGCCCGAAAUAAUAAAGGGGAACGGUUGCUGCUUUAUAUCGGCAUCAUUGACAUUCUGCAGUCCUACAGGUUUGUUAAGAAAUUGGAGCACUCUUGGAAAGCUCUGGUACAUGAUGGGGACACUGUAUCGGUGCAUCGCCCAGGUUUCUAUGCUGAACGAUUCCAGCGCUUCAUGUGCAGCACAGUUUUCAAGAAAAUUCCCUUGAAGCCCUCUCCUUCCAAAAAGUUUCGGUCUGGCUCAUCUUUCUCUCGGCGAGCAGGCCCCAGCGGCAACUCCUGUAUUACUAGCCAGCCAUCGGCCUCUGGGGAACACAAGGCGCAAGUGACAACAAAGGCAGAAGUGGAGCCAGAUGUCCACCUUGGUCGUCCUGAUGUUCUACCUCAGACUCCAACCUUCGAAAAAAUCUCUGAGGUCUCAAAUGUUUCUGAUUCCUGUUUCUUAGCUGUAUCUGAAGAGAGUUCGCAAAUGCUAUAUGAAUGCUCAACUAGUUUGGAAAAGUGUGAAGUUACAGAAUCAUGUCAGUCCAGCUAUUAGGCAAAACUUCUCAGAAGGUCUAUAACAGGAUUCUCCGACUUUGUGACGCAAGAAGUCAGCCUUUGCCCCAGCACUGCUGGAUUUUCUUCUUCUUGGUCAUUAAGAAAGGAGUGUAAUGGAGGCCACGGGAGUCAUAUAUCUCCUUCCUGAAGAAGAACCUCGUCUUCCCCUUCUCCAUGAGUGGGCAUUAGUGUCUUGGACAGCUGCAGACAACAGCAUAGCCUCGACUCCCAAGUUGUGGGGCACAGACUUUCAACUGACCGGCAAUAGAAUUCUCUUCAGGCCCCAGUUCUUUCUGCUAGAAGUGGGGUUGCUUGGACAUGGUGGUUUUCUUCCCCUUCACCUACUUUUUUCUUCAGGAGCUGGACUUUCAAACUUCCUCAGGAUAGACUGGCUGGCACAUCACCCCCAUCAUAACUCUUUGUCAAGGUUUUGGGGGAGAGUAAGGGUGUUUAGCCUCCCAACCUUCUUUUUUUUUUUUUUUUUCUUUUUUUCCCCCUUAAAGAAAGGAUAUACGAAAACAGUUCACAUUUUCAAGCCAGAUAGCUUCAGAUCUUCAGGAAUGGUGGACAGAUGCCUGCUCAUAGGGCUACCCCCAAGAAGUCCUAGUGUUUGUGAAACAAAAGUGUAAUGACUGACCUGCCAGGAGAGGCUGCUCUUCUACUCUCCUCUUGAUGAAUUGCUUACGACUGAAGGAAUGCAGAGAGUGAGACUUGGGGUGAAUCUCUACCCCUGUUAUUAAAACAGUGGAGCAGGCACAGGGCUAGGAAAUCAGAGCCCCUCCCAGGCAGCAUGCUACUCACUGCCAGGCCAGACUCAACACUAUUUUGCAAUUUGAAAUAUACUCUGUUUUUCUAAAUAUGAAAUGAAUGAGCUUAUCAGCUGAACAUUAAGUCUGUCUCCACAGGAGAUUUCUUCCUUGCUCUUCCCAUCUUUUCCAACAAUGUUUUGCUUCUCUGAAGUUGAGGUAGAAAGGGGGACACCUACUGUGUUUUACAGGCAUUUCAUAUCUGGAGCUAGAGAAUAUCCCCUUACAUUCAUGGGGAUUAUGCAAAUGUUUGCCUUGAGUCAUUGCUGAGCCACAUGCCCUGCAUGCAGAGAACUUGGAAAUGGGGACUGUAAUCCCUUCCUCUCCAUCUCCAAGAGUUGUGAUUCUCCAUCUGGGCCUCCUCUCCCUGUCACAGGGAGUUGGGGUCUGGCAUCACAAACCCAUUGUUGAAUCCCACAUGGUCCCUGGUCCCCUCCAUCCCACCCUGCCUUGACUGUAGGCUAACCCCUACCCCAAGUAACUGUCUAUAUUAGACACCCCCAGCCAGUUUCUGACUGCCUGUCUUUGCUGCCAUGUUCUUUUUUACAAGAAGGAAAGAAACAGUUCUUGCUAUUUUUUUUUCAUAAUUUACUAUUUAUGAUGUAUUUAAGUGUUUUAUUCAGGACAGAGUUCUGUAGGGGGUGGGAGGGAGUACUUAAGGGAGGGGUGGGACUUAGAGAAGGGAUUGGGGAAUCAACAUUUUUAUUAAGUGUCACAAUUUGCCUCUACUUUGUAAUGUUCAGAAAUGGCAAAUGCAAUAUAAAAGUGCUAUCUGGUUUUAAUGUAUUAAACUUUCAUCAGUUAUUUAGACCACAUUUCUCCCUGGUUCUUUUUCAUAUAACCAUCUGUCCCACCCUCCCACCCCACCACCCAGGAUGUUUUUGCUGAAGUUGCUGAACAAAUGUUGCAUCUUUUCUAGUUUCCCUCUUUCCUGGUUCUAAUCUAAGACUGAGAAACAUUCUGUUUCAUUCCUGCCUUCUAGCCACCUCCACCAUUUUAACAGCUUCAGCUUGAAAAGCAAAAGCUGCAGAUGAACACAGAGGGAAUUGAUUUAGCUGUUGUGCCUCGUGCCUCGGUGGCAAUUCACCUUUAAGAGUUUUCGGGACCCAAAGCUCAAAAUCUUAUUCAGGUUUAGGAGAAAAAGAACAGUACAAAAGAAAACUAAACUUGAGAUUGGUUGACUCUAGGAUUUUCUUCUUCCCCCAUCUUCCCUGUCUUCUCUCUCUUUUUUUUUUCUGCUGUCACAGGGGCUUCACCACUCAGGAUAGAUUUUCUUAUUGAAGGAGCUGUCUUUCCAGCCCCAGCGUGUAGUUUUUAAAGAGACAGAGGGAUAGAGGCUGAGAGGGCUAGGUGGUGCUGCACCUGAUUGAGCACACAUUACCUUAUGCAAGGACUUGGAUUCAAGCCCCAGCUCCCCACAUGAAGGGAAAAAACUUAGUGAGUGCUAAAGCAUAUACUGCAGGUGUGUUUCUCUCUCUUCUGAAUCUUUAUUGAAUAGACAGAAAUUAAGAGGGGAGGGAGAGAUAGAGGGAAAGCGAUAAGACACCUGCAGUCCUGCUUCACCACUCAUGAAGCUUUCCCCCCUACAAGUGGAGACCAAGGACUUGAACCUGGGUCCUUGCAUGUUGUAACCAGGUGCACCACUGCAGUUUAGUGGUAUCUCUGUCUCUAUCUCACCCACUCCUAUCAGAGAGGGCUGACUUUUUCCAGCUGUUUUUCUAUGAGGCUGAUGUUUACUGUGAUAGGAAAUUAGAGGAAGCCAGUGGGCCAAUGUGUUCCUCUAAAUGAGGUGCGGCGGGGGGUGGAGAAACUUGACAGAGAAUCUAGUUAACAUUGCUCCUUGCCAUACGUACCACUGUUCACUAUUAAAAUCAUCACUCUGCAAAUGUG